AAGGAAUAUUGUGGCCGCUUCGGUAAAUGACCGUAAACGCACGUGUUUGUCUCGUCACAAAGGUCUGGUGGAUACUGAAGUGCACCAGACAGGCGUUGCGUUUUUUGACUCAAGUGGAGUGCGGGUGGGCCGCCCUGACUCAACCGCUGCAAAGGCGCCCUUUGCGCGCGCUCCUGCACUUCCCACUCCAACCCAGAAAGACCGUUAGUCCCCCUCCAGCUCAAUCUCCGAGGACGCCUUCAGUCCCUGGAGACGAGCUUCAUACGUCCAUUUGAUUGGGCCACAACACGAAUCCGCGCCACGAACCGGGAGAAUGUGGCCUUAAAUGACCCGAGGAAUCGCGCAAACAGAAAAUGGAGAGAUGAAGAUGCACGGUGAGAGAAGCGUGUUUGCUGCCGCGUUUCACAGGGGAGGGAGGAUCCCACGUCACGUUGACAAGUUGCUGGAGGAUAAAGUGCCCAGAAGCAGCAGUCCGGUCACUAUUUAUGUGGAGCUGCCCUGCAAUAUUGAGCAAGGUUUACGCAUCUUUACAAGCACCACUUUGCUCUCGAUGCGCUCAAAUAAACAAAUAAUGACUCGUGGUUAUUCCCUUUUUAAAGCCUUUCCAACAAUUUCAUGGGAUGAUUUAGAAGAUUGCACCAGAAAAGAGAGCGACUCACUCAGCUCACAGGUAAAUGGAUGUGAUGGAGGUGAGCGAGACUUUGGGGACUUUGCACUGGAUUUCAUGGCAGAUUCCCCGGCCACUCUCGAGAGCAGCCUGUCCCCUGCAGAGCUGGUCCCCUUUCAGGGCUGCGACAUACCUCCGCUCACCCCUCAGCAUAUCUUCUCUCCAGACGAAGGCUUCAUGCUUCCCAAUUCCUCCUGCACACAUGACCAGGAUGCUUUACUAUGGACAAGUUUCAGUUCAUGUCAAGCCCGGAUGGGAUGUGCUAUGGAGGCCAAUAACCAGGUGCCUGAGACUUUUCGCAAAAGACAAAGUGACCCAUCUGAGGAGAGGAACCUACACCUGAGGCAGCUUGCAUGCCAAGCAAAGCUUCUCGCGUCUGUGCUGGAGAAACUAAUGGCAGACAGGGAGCCAGAUACCAGCGAACCGGCAAGGCCUUGCGGCGAUAAAUCCACAAGUCCCCGCAAGAGGCAGCGACUGGACGACGGCUGGGGGUCCCCUGACUUAGUGGAGGAGAUCUUGAAAGACGUCAGCAAGCGCUGCGAUGCCGUGUUGCACACGAAUGCCCGCGGGAGCGUGCCACGAUGGGACAAAGACACGAUCCCCAUGUACGGGUCAUUCUCUGGCCUGCAGACCUCCAUAUGCAAGGACGGCAGCAGCAAUGCAGAAGAGGAUGCAUCGUCUUUCUGCACUUCUGUUAAAGAGCACGACACAAUAAGAACACGCGUGUUCCCUCAGGGCCGGGCUUUCACCUCGGGCACCCAUUAUGGUGGGUUUCGCUUCCGCUGGGUUCCCAACCUCAAUUGAGAACCCCAGAAAAAAAUUAAAAUAAAUCACAACUGUAAAGGAAGUGUGGGUGGGCAAAUAAUGUUAAUGCUUAACUUGUAAUCUGCAGUGAUAGUGGUAAAUGAUUACAUGAUGUCUUCCUCAGGUAGCUUGUAGGCUAAUCAGUCAGAGGACACAACACUGCCCGGCUAUUUGUUAGCAUUGCGAUGCUGUUUACAUGCCUGCAAAUGUAAUUAUCUCAAGCCAAACACUAUCCCUUUGUCAAUGUUUACUUGCCUUUUUUAAAUGUUAUUUUGCAGUUUGGAUCAUCCACUUAAACACUGGAUGGGACUAUUUUGUGAAACGAGGGACUUCACGUAAAUAAAUGAUUUGUGUGCUAACUUUGCUUGUUUGAGCAGUGAAACAAAUGUAACCUGGUGACCUCUGAGGUGCACGGGCUUCCUUUCCUUUUGUCCCUCGGUCUUCUGGGAUGACUGUGUGGUCUGGGAAAGGCC